ACAGAAGUCGUGAACAUGGCAGCAAAUGGCACGAGUAUUGUUUUGUUAAGAACAUGCUUAAGCAAACGUACAUGCCUUUUGAAACUUCAAUGCCUUAAUUUUCUUAACCAUCCAGAAAUUAAACGUUUUAAUACACACACUAGCUGCUAUGUUUCUCUACUUCAGCAUACAAAAACUCAUUCACGCAGUGUCUGCAUAUCAAAAGGUGCGUCAAUUUCAAAUUUAGUGUUGCGUAAGAAGUGGAAUUUGCAGCCACUAUAUUUUCAACUUGGAGGUCAAAGUACUUGCCUCUCAACAUCAGCGGUAUAUCAUCAGGAGGAAGUACCAAACAGUUCUUCACAGGGCAUUGAGGCUUUGCCUGGUUACAUCCCUGAGCCACCACAAGUACCUGUGUUGAAUGCUGAUGUAGAAAAUGUGCUUGAAGAGAAAGGAUCGGAGCUUCUGAAUGCUGGAUUAGGAGGAUGGUCACCAGUUGGUAUCAUUCAACAUUGUCUUGACUAUCUUCAUGUCAGCUUAAACAUCCCCUGGUGGUUAUCGAUAGUAAUUUCCACGUUAGUUGUUCGAAUCUUGAUGUUUCCUGUGGCAAUCAAAGCCCAGCAAAAUGCUACCAAAAUGAACAACCACCUUCCCAAAAUGCAAAUGUUACAACUGAAGAUAAGUGAGGCCCGGAAAAGUGGUAAUUCAGUAGAAGCUGCCAAAUAUUCAAAUGAGCUGAUGAUAUUCAUGAAGGAAAACAAAAUUAAUCCUCUGAAGAAUAUGAUAGUUCCUUUAGUACAGGCACCAGUCUUUAUAUCAUUUUUCAUGGCUCUUCGAAAAAUGGCUAACCUUCCGCUGGAGAGCAUGAAGACAGGAGGAACCCUGUGGUUUACUGAUUUGACUGUUCCUGACCCAAUGUAUGGGCUACCAAUCAUAACCUGUGUUACAUUAUCUAUAAUUAUUGAGGUUGGAGCAGAAGGAGGACUGAGAAGUGACAGUUUACAUCUUAUGAGAUAUUUUUUGAGAGCCAUGCCACUGGUUGUUUUACCAUUUUCUAUAAACUUUCCUGCAGCUGUCUUGUGCUACUGGACAACAAGUAAUCUUAUAUCACUUGGACAAGUUGGACUUCUAAGGACUGGGCCAGUUCGUGAUUUCUUUAAAAUUCCUAAGUUAGUGCGCCAUGAUCCAGCUAGUUUACCCAUGAAGAAGAAAGGUUUUGUAAAGGGGCUGAAAGAAUCCAUGAAAACUUCUAGAGAAAUCCGUCACAUGGAAGAUCGCAGACAACUUGAUGAGAUACAGUUCCGUAAGGCUGGAACAGGCCCAAUCAAAAAGACAUAUCCAUUUGAUCCUACCAAUCAGAGACCUGGUAGUGGAGUUACGCAGACAGCCAAAAAAAGAUAGUUUUACUUUAAAUAAUAUAUGUUGUGCCAUUAGAUGUUUAGUUCUUUCAUGAAGACUUUAGCAUUAGUCAGAUGUUGUCUUAUAAAGACCUGAUGUAAAAUAUGUAGAUGAAACAGAAUAAAUUCCUCAAAGUUUGGGAAAAAAAGAAAAG